AUGGAAUAUGAACCAAUUGACGUUAAUUAUUUUAUUGAUAUGAAGGAAAAUAAUGUCGUUAUAAACUUACUUCGACGUAAAAACUCUUUUAAUGAAAACUUUUUAAAUGCUAUCAGACGAUAUAAUCCGACUCUCGAGUAUGCAGACGAGGAUGCAAACACACUUAAUUCAUUUUCUACGAGACCUCAAAGUGAA